CAUUUACCUUGCAUGCUGAAUAGCAGAAUGCGCUACCUUCAAGUGAUUAUUGUUCUCGCUUCCCACAAUCAUCUUUAACCGGUAUAAAAGUCGCCUUUUAGUGUUUAAUUUUCUGCGUCUCAUAAUCUCAUAUUUCAGUACCGUAUUAUUUGCACAAUAUAUUUUCUUUUUACUAUCAAAAUAUUUAAAUUUCUAUUCAUGGCUGGUGCGUGACAAAAUGGCUACCUACAGAAAAUGGGAUCAUUCGGAAAUUCAUCUCUGUACAUUUUCAUAUCACUGUUCGGUGGCAGCACUUUACUGCUUUUCCUUAUUUGUUUCUGUUGCCAAAGGAAAUUACAGGCCAGGACACUCGCAAUGGCCGAUAUCACUGACGUCGAAAGUCAACAAGCCAGACAGGGAGCUUCACGAAACCAACGUCGAAGUGACACACAUCAGCUGAUUACUGCUAUUAUAACACCUCCACCGGACUAUGCCACAGUGAUCAAGAAAGAUUCCUUGUGCGAGCCAGCACCGCCAGCAUACGAAGUUGCAGUCGCUGGACUUCAGUCAGACGGUUAUGUGUGAAAAAAAUAUGCGGAACUUUGCCGAAACACCAAGGAAUAUAAAAUUGAUAUGUGAUAAGAAAUGACUCUACAGGUUACAGAGAAAAAAAAAAGAAAAUUUGAGACAAAUCGUUUGGUAAUACAAGAUGUAUCUAGAACCUGAUUCAGUAAUUUCAUGAAAUUAAAUAUACGUGUGAAUUAUGUGUGCGUUACUAUUGGAGCUGCGUUUAGUUAUUUUCUGCCAUUCAAUUACGUGAACAACAAAGGUAUAAAGGGGGGAAAGAAAGCGACUAUAAAUAUUGUAAUGGUAAUAGAAUGAUUCAAACUUACAGAUUGCGCAGUGAUUAAAUCAGUGAUAUUUGGAUAUUGCGCCACAUUUUUAUGCAUGAAAUUUAUAUCUAAAACUAUUAAAUUCCUCUGUAAUAAUUAAGAAUGUAAAUAAAAGCAUGCAUCUUUCGUUGUA